AUGUCGACUCCAGGUUCAGCAGAGUACCUCUCUCAAUAUCUCAACGGCCCAGGGUUGGGCUGCUCCCACUUUCCAAAGUAUCACGCCGAAGAUUCUCAAAGUUCUCGACGAUAUCCGAGUCGUCUUGGAUUCUUUCAUUUUACCCCUCCGUCAAUCUGCAUCAGCUUUCUGGACACGAAAAGGCUGUGUGAUGCUUGUCUGAACUCGGUCAUCCCCAAUGGAUUCAACUACUGGUCAAAUCUUCCAGUUCAUUUUUUCGCUGCGGUGUCUGAAAAUGCACAGGCCUCGUCCUUUCAAGCUCCCAAUCCACCACCAGGCGUCUGGCCAGACAUCACGGCGUCCAGUAACGUUGAUCCAAAGAUGUUCCAGGCAGGCGCCGAAGGGUUUCCGGCACAUGGAAAACAGAUUGGCGGCACUACACCUCGACUCGUCACUCCCGCUAUUGUUUUGCCCAUUUCCCAGAUCUCUAGUGCCGAGCAGCCUUGGGCGUGGCUGGUACAUGAAGGGAAGCCCUUCUAUAUCGACCAGCUACACAUGACCAAAGCAUGGCAUCUCUUUACAUACAAGACGCUCGAGGCUGAUCAUGCCAUUGCAUCGCGAGUCGGUGUGUCGUACAAGUCAUUAUUCAAGGAGCCACCAGUGCAGCCGGUGCAGUAUGCACCCAACAUUGGGCUAUUGGCGUUUGAGACGCCAGAAAAGUCCUCGUCUGAGAAGCUUUCAAUCGAGAAAUCAUCUCUCAAUAAAGCACCAAAGGAGGAUUUAGCAGUCGUCAAGGUUCCCAAAGAGAAGUCAGCGACCAGGGAUGUAUUGGAGAAGAAGCCAACAGGGGAAAAGCCUACAAAAAAGACUUCAACAACUGAAAAGGCGGCCUCGAGGAAAAGCUCUUCGUCUGGAUCAAAGUUGAAGGAGGUCCUCGCGGCCAAUGCAAUCGACGAGACGGUGCCACUCAUAGCGAAUCUUGCCGCCGAGGCCGCACCCAAGAAGCCCAAACGCUCCAAGCAGUCAUCUGUCGAGGUGAGCUCGUCAGCCGCCAACGUCGACACAUCAGUCAAUGUGGAUACGUCUCAUGGUACUCUCAAAGGGGACAGCGGAGUAAAGGCUAGUCCACAACCCGCCACUGCAAAUCUGCCCGCAACAAAGACCAGAAAGCCUUCUCUGAAAGUCGCACAAGAUUCCUCCAUCGAAUUGCCUCAUGCACCUCUGGUCUCCACAAUGGGAGGCACUACGAUAAGCGUAGGAGUCAUAGGAGACGCUGGAACGUCAAUGUUGCCUCAGUUGCCAGAGAAAUCCAAGGUACAGGCCAAAAAGAGAACCUCGAGCCAGGGCAUCAAGCACACAGAGAUCGACUCGGUCACAAAGAAAGAGAAGACAAAAUCAAUCAAGCAAGCUUCUACUACUACUACUGCUGGUUCAGUAGUUUCUCCAGGAAUCCCCGUCCAACCUGCCUUUACCAAGAAUUGGACAAGAUACGACCCGAUCCCCUUUGACAGUCCCAUCGUCAAUCUGACAUUGGCUGAUCAUCAACGUCGAGCAGAUGCACUGAGCGAUAGUAAGGCCAUGGAGUCCCAUGGACCCUUGAUGCGCCUUCUGGCAAAAGCCAAGAAGCGCGAGGGCAGCGGCGAGGUGGUCCUCCAGGGGCCAGGACUGCCUCCCAAGAAUGAUCCAAUCAUGAAACUUCUAGGCGCUACCAAGGAUGGGAAGCAGAAAGAUGUGGUAGCCAAUACUCAAUUCAUCAAGUCCAUCACCGAGUCUGCGCCCAUCAAGCCUGCGCGAAAGCAGAAAAUAGGGGCCUCGACCACUGGCGAUGACCGGGCGUCAAAGGGUACUAUCAAGCCUACCAAGACCAAGACCAAAACUCCAGGGGCAGACCACGAACAUGGAACUACCCAGGAGAAAUCUAGGACGAAAGCAGAAACCAAAACAGGAAAAGCAGAGAAGACAGGAGAGAAGCUCAAGAAGCCCGUCGCAGAAUCAUCUCCCAAUAACUCGGCACCGAAAAAACUGCCCAAGCUUAAAGAUGAGCGCAGUACAUUGUUAGGUUCUGCCCCUUUGCGCCAUGACCACGGCAAGGUGCGGCCACCUAAAAUUAAUCUAGGGUUGUCAAAGCUCCAAAAGCCGGAAUGGGGCCACUCCGGCAUAUCUAUAGCACAUAAGCCUCCAAAGAUGCCUUCGGUCAAACCACAUUUUUCCAAGAUAACAGGCCACCAUGGAGGCCACCAUGGAGGCCAUCAUGGAAGCCAUCAUGGAAGUCACCAUGGAGCUCACCACGGAACUCAUUACGGAACUCAUCAUGGAGCGCAUCAUGGAACUCAUCAUGAGGGUCAUCAUGAGGGUCAUCAUGAGGGUCAUCCAGGCGGCGGUUCCCAUGCAUCCGAUAUCAGCGCUCAGAACUCUGACAACGAAGCUGGGGAAGGCGAGGGACCAGAGGAUGACUGGUCAGUGUCCGAUUAUUAUGAGAACUAUUUAUCUCAAGAGCAAGUAUUGGAUAGUGAUGAAAACGAACCUGGGUGGCUUUCUGACGACGAUAUAAUCAGUCAACACUCCGGUAGUGAGAAUCCUCAGCCUGACAUCUCCGAGCCGGAAGGCCCUGAGCCGAACAGACCUCAGUCACAACAUGAAGGCAGCGCAGAUACUCCUCCUACGGGAGAAGUGCCGCCGAGUGAUCCCAAUGCGGGUCGUCCGGAUGCCGGCAUCGUUGGCACCGGAAGUUCCGACCCCGCAACUGGAGAUCCGCCUGCAGGUUCUGACCCUCCCGGCACAUCUGCAGUGGGUGACACUGGUGCGACGAGCAGUGGCCAGACAGCUGCGUUGGGCGAAACAACUGCGCGUGGGAUAGGUGGUCCACCAGUUGCCAUUGACAAGGCAUUCAAUUAUCCAGGUACCCCCAGUACCGCACCCACACCGGCAGGACAGAAUCAUCCUUCGAAGCCCGUAGAUGACAGCGUUGCGCCUAAAGAGAAGCCAACAGACCAGUUUGAAGAGGCAAAACCUAGUCAGAGUGAUCCCUCCAAGGAUCAGACCAAGCCUAGCCUGUCCGAACCUUCAACAUCGACUACCAGUGAAAGUCCAAGCCAAAAUAAACCCAAUGACCAUUCACCUCCCGGUUCCAAGAUUGAUUCGAAUGAGUAUUCUGGAAAAUUGGGCCAGGAGCAAGGAACUAAAGAUCCAAGUCAAUCUGAGCCAGGACCUAGUCAACGAGAGUUUUCAGGUGGAAACUUAGCACAACAGGACACUAGCACGGCAGGUCCCGGAAAGGCAGGUCUUGCGGCUGCUUCCUUUGCCGCCGGGGUAGCACUGGGUGCCGCUGCGUCCGGUUUGCUAGAUACAGACAGUGCGCCAGGGUCUCCGCAUAAUAGCGAGCCCGGCUCGCCGCUUGAUUCCGUGCAUCACACCUCAUUGCCUAGCUCUGCACCAUCGUCGGCUGCUGGAGAGGAUGCGAACUUGGAUGAUUUGGACACUGAUCGUGAAGAUGAGUCGGAUGCGGACAUACACAAUGUCAUUGAUGAAGACAGCGAUGUUGACGACUUCAAUCAUGAACACGAAAUGGAGUCCAAUCAAAGCGAUUCUUCUGAUGAUGAACAUCACAGCGAUGCCGACCACGAGACCGGCGACGAAGCUUUUGAUGAAUCUGAUCAAGACACACCAGAGGCUACUGACGAUGAAGAUGAGAACGAUGAGAAUGAGUCAAACAUGGAGGACAACUCGGAAAAUGAGAGUGACGACGGCAAUUCUGAGAAUGAAGAGCAACAAACAGAUUCCGACGGUGACUCUGAAGAUAACGGGUCAAGCGAUGAGGAUCAAGCCACCGAUAUUGAGGAUGAUGACGAAGACAGCGAAGAUGAUGAACAAGCUGACGGUACUGACGACGACGAGACUGAUGGGGAUGAUGGAGAUUAUGAUCAGCAGUCGAGUGACGACGACGAGGGCCAGCAGACGAGUGGUGAGAAUUACUCAGAUGGCGAUGACGGAGAUGAUUUCCCCUCGGCCGAUGAGUAUGAUGAUGAGGCCAGCAAUUACGACUAUAGUGAUUAA